GAAAAAGUCCAUGAAAGUAUUGGCCAAAUUAAAGAAUCUGAAUUCCUACUUCAACAAAAUUAUAUAUAAGGGCGAAAAAAGCAGUCCAUUUAGUUGAGAUUCACCAAAAACUUUGCAGUUUUCUCAUUCAUUCUUCUGUGUUAGUCUCAUGAAACAGAUCAGUUUCUUCUUUUGAUGAUGAUUGUCUGAGCAAAAUCAUCAUUUUGUUGAUACCCAUUUGAGUUUUCAAUCAAAAGAGUUGUUCCUUUGCUAUUUUACAAUGAGCAUUUGAAGAAAUUUGAUCAAUAAAGCCUCUACCAACUACUGCUGGCAAUGGAAGAAACUAACUCCCAAGUUCUCAACUUAGCGUUUCUUCAAAGGUGUUUUUGACCGUUUCUCGCUUUAUUUUCCCGAGAAAAUUCAACCAUUUUCCUUCUUUGAACCGCAAAUCGAUUAUCGAUUUUAGUUUUAAUUUUCCCCCUUUUUCUGUUCAUCUAUCUAUGACUGUGCCCUCUUUUUGUCAAUUUCAAUGCGUUUUGGAUUGGAACAGCAAGUUUCUCGGACUAUUCCAUUGAACAUAUAAGAAGACAUUUUGUUCAUUUCUUCUAGAGUCUCUAACAUUCAAUUUCAGUUGUAGAUCCUCGAUUUGGGUCAGUGGCAUUGAUGAGAAAUUGCAAUAUCAGCAAUGACUCUCAGAAAACAAAACUCAAGAAAGAAGUCCUUCAUUAGAAAAAUGUUUGCCAUGGGAGAAAGAAAUGGAAAGAAAGAGUUCAAAGGUUCAUUUGUUGAGUCCACUGAUCCAAAUUCUGACCUACAGCUAGACAGUACAUUCUUGGGUAGCACAGACUCUCUAAUGGCUCCUGGUCAAGAAGUUCAAUCCUUCCGUGUUUUUGUUGCGACGUGGAAUGUUGGAGGAAAAUCUCCCCAAACCAACCUCAAUUUGAACGAUUUUCUUAAGAACGACAACUGUGCUGAUAUUUACAUAUUCGGUUUUCAGGAAAUUGUGCCUCUAAAUGCUGGAAAUGUUCUAGUUAUUGAAGACAAUGAACCUGCAGCAAGAUGGCUUUCCUUAAUUAAUCAAUCAUUGAACAACCCAACAAAUGGCGGCUCGAGAGGACCGAAAUCCAACACCGGUCUUGGAGGUUCGAAAUUCUUUCCGAAGCCUUCUCUUAAAAGCAUCAGUAAAACUUUCAGGACUGUAAGUAGAAGGAAGCUAAAAAGUUGCAAUUGUACUCCCCUGGAACUUGAAAGGAAACGCAAUAAGGAUUUCUGGUUUCGGUGCCAACCAUCGAACGUGAGUCAAAGUGGCAUUUCUUCAGAAGAAGAUGAUGACGAGGAGGAUCCGAGCAUCUUUGAUAUUUCAGAUAUUUCCAUUCCUGAAAGCAGUAACGAGACAAAGUACGGUUUGAUUGCAAGUAAACAAAUGGUUGGCAUUUUUGUCACAAUUUGGAUGAGGCAGGAGCUUGUUCCACAUGUUAGCCACUUAAGAAUUUCGAGUACGGGCCGUGGGAUCAUGGGAUGCCUUGGGAACAAGGGAUGCAUUUCAGUGAGCAUGUUAUUUCACCAGACAAGCUUUUGCUUCAUCUGCAGCCACUUAGCUUCUGGAGAGAAAGAAGGAGAUGAGCUUAGAAGAAAUUUGGAUGUUAUUGAAAUCCUUAAGAACACUCAAUUUCCAAAAAUAUGCAGACCACCUUACAGUCGGAUGCCGGAGAAAAUCCUCGGACACGAACGAAUAAUAUGGUUAGGAGACUUGAAUUACCGGAUAGCUUUGAGCUUCUCGGAAACUCGAAGACUCAUGGAAGAGAAUCGCUGGGAUGCACUUCUCAGCAAAGAUCAGUUGAAGAUCGAAAGGGAUGCAGGGCGAGUGUUUUCUGGAUGGAAAGAGGGAAUGAUUUACUUUGCACCCACAUAUAAAUACUACUACAAUUCAGACACAUACGCCGGAGACUUGAAAAAAUCAAAAAAGAAGAGAAGAACUCCAGCUUGGUGUGACAGAAUUUUAUGGCAUGGUGAUGGCAUACGACAACUUUUUUACAUUCGUGGGGAGUCCCGGUUUUCCGAUCACCGCCCCGUUUGUUCAACAUUCCUAGUCGAUGUCAUGGUCAUCGAGGGAGGGCUGAAGAAGAAAAUGCCUAUCUCUGAUAUGAAGGUUGGGGCUGAAGAAUUACUACCAACAAACAGUAGAUAUUAUCCCUAAAGUAGUGGUCUUAAUAUGCUCAGUAGCUUAGUCCAACAAUUCAUUACCAUUCAUCACAAGAACGAUGACUCGUCGAAGUUUUUCCCGACGCCAAUACUAGUAGGAUUGUGUAGAUGUAACAAAACCUGCAAGUCGAGUUUUAUUAGUAGAUUUUCAAGUCAAGGAAGGGAUGUGGUCAUCAUCAUCAGCAGCCAUGGAUGCAUAUUGCUGCUUGCAGAUGCAUCACAUCAGAUUGCAGCCAAUGGGGAACUUAAAAGAAAAAGUAGAAAAACAGAAAAGAAGUUUGAUUUUUCUUUUUUUUUAGUGUAGCUCCUCAGUCAAACUAGAGAGAAGAAAGUGAUAAAGUUUUUCAAGUUUUUUUAAGUUGGAAACUUUUGUCUUUUAAGCACUGAGCAGAUUGCAGAAGUAACAUUUGAUUUGAUUAUUUGAUGAAAUAUAUAGUAACAGAAAUUCUUUUUU